AGGUGGCGUCUAUUCGUAUCAAUACGGCAGAGUCAGGGGACCUAGUCGGAGCCAGAAAACUUCAAGCCUAACAAACUCUGAGAUCACAAUCCCUCACCCUUCUCCUUCCCUCCGACGAGCCAUCGCAGCGGGUGCACUGUCCCUGGGGUAGUUCGUGGGGGGACAAGGGGUUCGGAGAAAGUGGACUCCUCGUUCCCUCCCCCUUUUCCCCCAUCCCUACCAUGGGCUUUGCCCUGGAGCGCUUCGCCGAAGCGGUGGACCCGGAUUUCCAGUGCAGGCUGUGCGGCCAGGUGCUGGAGGAGCCCCUGUGCACGCCGUGCGGGCACGUCUUCUGCGCCCGCUGCCUGCUGCCCUGGGCGGCGCGGCGGCGCCGGUGCCCGCUGCAUUGCCAGCCCCUGGCGCCGGGCGAUCUGUACCGGGUGCUGCCUCUGCGCAGCCUCGUCCAGAAGCUGCGCACCCAGUGCGACCACCGCGCCCGCGGCUGCGGCCACUCGGUCGGGCUGCGCGAGCUGGCGGCGCACGUCGAGCGCUGCGACUUCGGCCCUGCCCGCCGCCGCCGCCGGGGUUGCGUCUCCGGGCCGUGCGGCCGGGGCAGCGGGGACGCGUCCGCGCGGGGGGGCUGCGGCUCAGCGCCCGGGAUCCGCCGCGGCGGGACGCCGGGAGUCCGUGGCGGGAGCGGGCGGGCGCCAGGGCCUCAAGUCCUGUCCUGGAGGCGGCGCGAGAAGGCGCUGCUGGCGCAGCUCUGGGCGCUGCAGGGGGAGGUGCUGCUCACGGCCCGCAGGUACCAGAAGAAGUUCACUCAGUACAUGGCUCACGUCCGCAACUUCGCCAGGGACCCGGGCGGCGGCCGCGGCCGGGAUGGAGAGCAUAAGCCAUUCACUAUUGUGUUAGAAAGAGAAAAUGACACUUUGGGAUUCAAUAUUAUAGGAGGUCGACCAAAUCAGGAUAAUCAAGAAGAAACACCAAUGGAAGGAAUUUAUGUUUCAAAGAUUUUGGAAAAUGGACCUGCUGAUAGAGCAGAUGGCUUGGAGAUUCAUGACAAAAUCAUUGAGGUCAAUGGGAAGGAUCUCUCAAAGGCCACCCAUGAAGAGGCAGUGGAAGCUUUUCGAAAUGCCAAGGAGCCCAUUGUGGUCCAGGUGCUAAGGCGAACACCUCUCAGUAAACCAGCCUAUGGUACGGCCCCAGAAGUGCGGCUCGUGAACGCCAGCACCCAGACGGACAUCACCUUUGAACAUAUCAUGGCCCUGGCCAAACUUAGGCCACCCACCCCUCCAGUGCCCGACAUCUGUCCAUUUCUGCUCUCAGACAGCUGCCAUUCUCUUCAUCCGAUGGAGCAUGAAUUUUAUGAGGACGAUGAGUAUCUUUCCAGCUUGCCUGCUGAUGCAGACAGAACUGAGGACUUUGAAUAUGAGGAGGUCGAGUUGUGUCGUGUUAACAGUCAAGAGAAGCUGGGCCUGACAGUCUGUUACCGAACGGAUGAUGAAGAAGACACCGGCAUUUAUGUCAGCGAGGUAGAUCCAAACAGCAUUGCUGCCAAAGAUGGCCGGAUUCGAGAAGGGGAUCGUAUUUUGCAAAUAAAUGGGGAAGACGCCCAGGAUCGAGAGGCGGCGGUGGCCCUGCUAUCUAGUGAUGAGUGCCGGAGAAUCGUGCUGCUGGUGGCAAGGCCGGAGAGUCAGCUGGAGGAAGGCUGGCUAGAAGAUGAAAGGAAUGAAUAUUUAGAGGAGUUAAACUUAUCGAUGUUGGAGGAACAGCAUAAUGAAGCAAUGCAGUGCACUGCCAGUCAGGUGGAGCAGCCAAAAAAACAAGAAGAAGAAGAAGGCACAACAGACACGGCAACAUCCUCAUCCAACAACCAUGAGAAGGACAGUGGAGUGGGGCGCACAGAUGAAAGCUUGCGGAACGACGAGAGCUCAGAGCAGGAGAAUGCAGCCGAGGAUCCCAAUGGCACAUCUUUGAAGAGCAAGAGAGAGCUGGGGCAGAGCCAAGACACUCUGGGAAGCACUGAACUUCAGUGUAAUGAGAGUUUCGUGUCUGGUGAAUACAUUGACUCAGACUGUACUGGCAACCAAGAUGAGGAGUGCGAAAGGUUUCGGCAGCUCUUGGAGCUCAAAUGCAAGAUUCGGAAGCAUGGAGAGUAUGACCUGUAUUACUCAAGCAGCACAAUAGAAUGCAAUCAAGGGGGACGAGAGGGAGUGGAGCACGAACUACAGUUGCUUAAUGAAGAACUAAGAAACAUUGAACUUGAGUGCCAAAAUAUCAUGCAGGCUCACAGGCUCCGGAAAGUGACAGACCAGUAUGGAGACAUCUGGGCACUGCAUGAGGGAGGAUUCCGAAAUUAUAACACCAGCAUAGAUACGCAGAGGGGAAAACUAGAUGACAUCCUUGAACACCCAGAAAAGUCAGACAAAGACAGUUCUAGUGCUUACAACACAGCUGAAAGCUGCAGAAGCACUCCACUCACUGUGGACCGUUCCCCUGACAGUUCCCUCCCAAGAGUGAUCAACCUCACCAAUAAGAAAAACCUGAGAAGCACAAUGGCAGCCAAUCAGUCCUCUUCUGGACAGAGUAGUAAAGAGUCAACCAAAGCCAAAACCACUGAACAAGGUUGCGGCAUUGAAGGCAAAGAGAAGACUUCAGAAAGCAGCAAGCUUUCCGAUCCAGAGAAGACCAGCGGUGAACACAUCCCUUACCUCUCUCCUUACCACAGCUCCUCCUAUAGAUAUGCAAACAUCCCAGCACAUGCCCGGCAUUAUCAAAGUUACAUGCAGUUAAUUCAACAGAAGUCCGCAGUCGAGUACGCUCAGAGCCAGCUCAGCUUGGUGAGCGUGUGCAAGGAGUCUCAGAAGUGCUCAGAACCCAAGAUGGAAUGGAAGGUGAAAAUCAGGAGUGACGGGACACGGUACAUCACCAAGAGACCCGUGAGGGACCGCAUUCUGAAGGAGCGUGCCUUAAAGAUCAAGGAGGAGCGGAGUGGCAUGACGACGGACGAUGACACCAUGAGUGAGAUGAAAAUGGGGCGCUACUGGAGCAAAGAGGAGAGGAAGCAACACCUGGUGCGGGCCAAAGAGCAGCGGCGCCGCCGAGAGUUCAUGAUGCGGAGCCGGUUGGAGUGUCUCAAGGAGAGUCCCCAGAGCGGCAGCGAGGGCAAGAAGGAGGUCAACAUCAUUGAACUGAGUCACAAAAAGAUGAUGAAGAAGAGAAACAAGAAAAUUUUGGACAACUGGAUGACAAUCCAAGAACUGAUGACCCAUGGGGCCAAGUCCCCUGAUGGCACACAAGUUCCUAAUGCCUUUUUGUCAGUCACCGCGGUAUGACCGAAUGGAUGGAAGGCAGCUGACUUUCAGAGGGUGCUACCAGUUUGGGUAGAGGAUGCUUGCCUCGUUCAAUGUGGCGUUUUUAUAUAUAUUUUGUGACUCUUUAUAGUUUAAAUUUUUUGUAAGCAAAAAUACCUGCUAAUUUUUCAUUUGUUUUUCAUAUACUUGUACCUUCUUUUUGGCUGAGAUUUUUCUUUAACUUGUGAUAUAUUCGUAUUACUCAUUUAUAUAUAAAAACAAACAAAAGGAAAGAAAACAAAAAAAAAUGAACAAAAAUACUGAGGAGCUAAUUAAUUUCCUAUUUUAAUGUAUCUAUUGUAGAUCUGGAUUUAUUGCUCUAGUUUACUUAUUUUCUACUUUAAUAACAACUCAAUGCCAAAACAUUUCUCUGCUUGCUUCUUGGCAUAAUACAUAUGAAGUCAAACCUGUUGAUAAAUCAUGUGCCACAUCUUGUCUUAUACAUAAAAGCCACCUCUUUUUAACAUGCCGUUGUACAUUUAACACAUAAAUGGCCGUUGUCUUUGUCUCAGUAAAGUGUAGGUGGACAAUCUUUCUGUGGUAUGUAGUGACAUUGGUCAUGUAGCUAGAUAGUUGUGGUAAUUGUGACAAUAAAAGCAAAAUAAAUUAUUGAUUAUCCCUGAGAAAAGCUAUCAAGGAGUGUUUUAUUUCCAUUGUUCACUUGGUUGCCAGAUAUAAAUUAAUUAUAUAUAUAUAUACUAUUUAGAAGACUCCUAAUUGUGGAUUAUAAAAUGCAUACAUUUUCUGUCCCUUUUUAUUCAAGAAAUUGUCUUGAAAUACUUCCCACAGAUAAUUGUGUCCUAUAUUCUUACCAGGAGUAAGUUAGAUAAUGUGUGUAGAGCAUCUAACAGAUGCUGACUAAGCAUUCAAUAAACAUGAGUUCAUGCUCUCCAUGACUGCCACCCACGUAAGGAAAAGCCAAGAACAAUUUAGGGGAUGACAUGGACAGAGAAGAUCAGUAAAAUAUCUUAGAUUGUUUGUAAGGGCACUGUAUUAGUCAGCUCAAAUUACCAUAACAACAUACCAUAGACUGUGUGACUUAAACAACAGGAAUUUCUCACAGCUCUCAAGUCUGGAAGUCCAAAAUCAAGGCACCAACCAAUUCAGCUCCCUAAUGAGGGCUCUGUUCCUGUUUUGCUCAUGACCUCCUUGCUGUGUCCUCACAUGGUAGAGAGAAAAAGAGAAAAAAAGCUCUCUGGUGUCACUUCUUUUAAGACACUAAUCCCAUCAUGAGGGCCUCACCCUCAUGACCUCAUCUAAACCUGAUUACCACCCAGAGGCCCCAUUUCCAACUACCAUCACAUUAGGGGUUAGAGCUUCAUCAUAUGAAUUUGUUGGUGACACAGUUCAGUCCACAGCUCUAUGUGCAUUUAUUUAGUUCAUCCUUUGGAAAUAAAUUUUUGGAAACUAUCUUUUUAAUCAUUUUCAGCAUAGUCAACUAUAAACGCCUUAUUAAAAAGUGAGCUUGUUAAAUUAUCAGAUAGGUUUUUUAAUCUGGCUUUUUAUCAUAUAAACAUCAAUUAUAUUAUAUAUCAAUCAUAAUGCCUCCAGAGUGAAAGGCCAGAUCAAUGCAUGCAUGAGCUUGAUCAAAUUUUCAUUCAAUGCAAGAGAUUGUUUUAACAUAAUGGAGGCACAGCAUCCAAACAUUUUUGAAGCUACUUUCCUGUUUAAAAACAUAUAGUGGCUCCUUACUAGCUCUUGAAUCAGACUCUGAUGCCUCAGCCUUAUAUUCCUGGUCCUCCACUAACUUGCCCACCUUGCCUAUUGCCCCACUUCUUUAGAUUUUCUGAGUUAUUCUGGCUCCUGAGCGGCUUGCCCCUUUUCACUGAGGUUAUCUAAUGCUACUCUCUCGUCUGGGGUUUCUAUGCCAAAUCCUACACCCCUCUUAGAAGGUAAUCACAUAUACAUUUUCUCUUUGGAGCCUAUUUUGAUGACACUGGGUUUUCUCAGCAUUUUGGCAUACACCAUGAUGCACCUGCAGUUUAUUUUACCUUGGAAAUUUUAUUCUUCUGUUAUUUGAAUCACAUAAACAGAACUUAUUGUCUCCCUGCACGGAUAUUAUGUUCGUGGAGUUUGGCCCUUGUGUCACCCCUGUCUUUAUAAACCUAUGGUAGAAUGCCGUUUAAACAAUUAUGAAUGCUAUUUAAGAUGUUUUAUUCACUUAUCUCACAGAUUGGUCCUUUUGUUACUGUUUUCCGUACUCAUCUACCCUUCUAAAUUCUUACCUUUUAAAGGGCUAUUACAUAGAUGGAAAGAAAUGAAUCUUAUUUAUAUGUAACAAAAAGCUGGACCCCAAAAUUUUAAGAUAGUGACAGUACUAGCAACUUAAGGCAAUUGAAAAUUUCACCACUUCUAACUUUAGCUAUUGCUAAUCCAAUCGAUAAAACUACUCUGAGUGCACCUAGAGUUAAUUUUUGACCAGAUAGUUUUAAAUAAGAAUGCCUAUCUAUCUUAAAAGCUCACUUCCUUCCUGACCUAAUACCUAUGGUUAUUGUUUAUCCUCUUGGUACAACUGGGUUUAAAUAUUCAUUGAAUUCAAAUUACUCCUAUAGAUAAAUGGGAUUUGGAACCGACAUGUAGAUUUUUUUCCAGAAGAAACAUGUACACAUCUCACAGAAUGCAGUGUUUCCAAAGUCAGCAGUUUAAUUUUAUUUUUAUUAAGGCCAAGUGUGCUUGCCAAUUUUUUAAAAAUGUGCUGUUGGUGUUUUUCAUGUCUGUGUUUAUACAAUUCUAU